CUGUGCCAUGUGCAUGCCGUUUGCGCGCGUGUGUGUGCAAGAAAGCGGCCCGUCGAUUGAAGAAUGAUCUUGGUCCGGUUGAUGCUGGCGCUUGCCGCCCAGGUCGUAGCGGUAGCGGGACAGAAGAGCGGUGCAUCUGAGCGCCUCCGAGCGCGUUCUUCAUCAGCAUCUGCGCUGCGGUUAUUGUUGACACCGCCUGGCUCUUCCGGCAGAAGCUCAGAUGCCUUGUUCUGCUGCCCGACGACCCUUACUCCUUUCUUGGCCGUGAGGCGAAGAAAACCUCGCCGGGCGGCUUGCGCAGCCAGAGAGAUCGGUAAUGAUGCACCAUCACAGGCCGUUCAGUCGUACUACAAGCGGAGGCGGGAGGCCAUGGGCGCGUGGACGGAGGAGAGGCGAGGCAGGGACCUGUGCGAGCGGUGUCGGAGGGCUCGAGAGAUGUGCCUGUGCUCUUCCUUGCCGGCUGAAGCUAUGCCAACGUCUACUCGGUUCGUAAUAUUGCAGCAUCCAGCGGAAACUAAGAAGCGUGUCACCGGGACCGUUCCUCUGAUCCUCCACUGCCUCGCCGACUGCACCCGCGUGGUCAUGCGGUACGACUACAGCGAGGAAGACGUCAGAAAAGCCCUCGGCGUCGAGUUGGCAAUAGACCGCUCUCCGGAACGCGUCUCGGAAAGGUCCUCGAGGCGGGAAAACAGCGCCAGCACAGGCACUCCACUUCUGCUCUUCCCCUGCCCGGGCGCAGAAUACCUUGAGGACAUCGCCGCUUCCCGAGAUCAAUCUGCCCCGUCGGCACAGCCCUUCCCACCAACACCAGCGGCAGCCGCAGCAGCGGCAGAACUAGCAACAGGAGCAGGGGGAGGAGAGGUGGUGGUGCUCAUCGACGGCACCUGGUCGCAGGCGAAGCAGAUCUUGUCCAGGUAUCCUUCCCUCCUCCGCCCGAGAAUGGCAACCACGCCCGCCCAACAAAAGACUAGGGAAUUGGGUGCCUCCGCUGGUGGCGUUCCCGUCGCCACCGUUGGGGGUUCAGGAGAGGCCGAAGGCGGUGGUGGUAGUGAUGAGAGAUGGGACGGGAGUGAGCAAGGGUCGGGGGGGAGGGAGGCGGAGCCAACUGAGGACGGAGCGUUGUGCAGGGCGGUGAAGUUUCGGUGCGCGGGAGUCAGCGGCUACGGCUUCAGGCGGGAGCCGGCGAAAGAAUGCCUGUCCACCUUGGAAAGCGUUGCUUACACGCUGGAGGUACUGGAGGGGACCCCGCAAGGGCUGGCGGCAGCGGCCUUCCUCCGCAAGGCGUUCAAGACGAUGGUAUCGAUGCAGCUAUCUCGGGCCGACGCGGGGGGUCGCCGGCCCCGAUUUGUGAACCGAAAGGAGAGAACGACGAAUCGGAGGUCGACACCCAAGAAGGGAAUUCUUUGAGACUCGGGCCUGCUUGCUCCCCGGCCUCCUGUAGAAGCUGCUUCUACUGUAGCCUGUUGAAGUCUUCGUGUUAUUCCUUUGGGAUGUGCUAUUCUCGCCGCUUCAAAUACGAGCUGUGUUGCUCGGAAUGGGUGGGAUGUGAACUCUGUACGAUGUAUGUACACCUUGGCCAAGGAUGGGGGCGACCCGAGAAAAAUAUAUCUCAACAGCUACUCACUGUUGGAAUGUUGGAGGCACACCAUCCUCUAUCUGGUAUUCUCGAAGUGUAUUGGAAAAGGUGUAGACCCAACCAGGUCUCACAAACGAGGGAUGGGUGCUGUAAAGUAGGCGUGAGUGGUCACAGACAGGAAAGUCAGGCAGACGGCGGACAAACAAACCGUU